AUUCGCCACGCCUUCGCGCGUAAAGCCCUGUAUAAAAGCUUUCCGUAGUAGGCACCAGCAUCAUUCGACGUGAGGAAAUCUUCUAGUCUCGACGAAAUGGCAGCUAAGUUCGUUGUAGUUCUCGCUCUGGUGGCCGCAGCCCAGUGCUCGGUGGUGCCAGUCCCAGUGGCGCGAGUAGACAACGACUACUCGAGCUUCGCUUACGACGUCGCCGACCCCAACACCGGCGACUUCAAGAGCCAAGUCGAGACACGAGUGGGAGGAACUGUUCAGGGACAGUAUUCUCUUUUGGACGCCGAUGGCACGAAAAGGACUGUGGAUUAUGCCGCUGAUGACGUCAACGGAUUCAACGCUGUCGUGCGCAAGGACCCCGUCGUAGCUGCGCCUGUCGUAGCCGCUACGCCUGUCGUAGCUGCUACGCCAGUGGUCGCCGAGCCCGCCGUAGUAGCCGCUCGUGUUGCUGCCCCUGUCGUCGCUCGCACGGUAGCUGCUGCCCCUGUCUACUCCGCACCCUUAUCAGGUCGUAGCUACUACGCCCCCUCGUUGUACAACUCCGUAGCAACCCCCGUAGUAGCUCGUGGCUUCGCCCCUUCCCCCUACUACGCGUACUCUGCCCCCCAACUGUCUUACUGGUAAAUUCAGUCAUCCAUCUUAGAUAGUAAGCCGUGAAGUGUUCCGAAUUAAUGGUUGUUAUAUUUGUACAUAAAUGCAAAAUUAAAAAGUGAAACAAUA